GAGUCGGGGUGGGAUAGAAAGCGUAUUAAGACUUACUGUGCCAAUGCUGUGGCUUGGUCUGCUUCCGCCGCGACAUCUUCGUUUCGUCAACUGUCUUAUAAUAUCGGCAUUGUUUGUAAACACAUUCCCUACCAAAGCCAUAAACAGUGGAGUAUGCGGGAAAGUCGUCCCCUGUCGACGGCUUCCAUGUUGCGCAGAGAACUAUGGGAUAGGCACGUGUGUGCACGUUGCGUGAGAAAGGUGGGAGACAGCAGACGUGUGUCGGACAGCGUGUGUACGUGCGUGUGUACUGUGUGUACUCGGUAACCAGCAUAUCGUGCCAGCGAUGGAGCAGCAAGGAGAAACUCCUGGGCCUGACGGACAGCAGCUAUCAAAAAAGGCACUUAAGAAACAACAGAAGGAUGCAGAGAAAGCUGCCAAGAAAGCUGCUCAUAAACAGCAGGCUGAGCAGAAACAAGAUGCUGGAGCAGGUGAACAGGAGAAUGAAGAUGUCGCAGAGGGUCGUUAUGGCAAUUUACCACUUAACCAAUCUAGGGAGAAGGUGCAGCGCUAUAUCUGCAAAGUCUGUGAGCUGACAUCAGAGCUGAAGGACAAGCGAGUGUGGAUCAGAGCAAGGCUUCACACCAGCAGAGCAAAAGGCAAACAGUGCUUCUUUGUGCUGCGGCAACAAAAGUGGACAGUACAAGCUCUUGCUGCUGUGGGUGACAACAUUAGUCGACAGAUGAUCAAGUUCAUUGCAAGCAUUACAAAAGAGUCGAUUGUGGACGUUGAAGGAACAGUGCGUACCGUAGAUCAGAAAAUAGAGUCCUGCUCACAAGAUGAUGUGGAAUUGCAUGUUGAACAGGUUUGGGUGGUGAGUGCAUCAGCACAGCGCCUACCUCUGCAGAUUGAAGAUGCCAGCAGACCAGAAGGCGGUGAUGACCUAGCUACAGUAAACCAAGAUACACGUCUAGACAACCGUUUUCUGGAUUUGAGGACCACCACAUCACAGUCCAUCUUCCAGCUUGAAGCAGGUGUCUGCCAGCUUUUCCGAGAAUACCUGAUUGGCAAACACUUUGUGGAGAUUCACACUCCAAAAAUAAUUCCUGCUGCCUCUGAAGGUGGAGCCAAUGUGUUUGAAGUGACUUAUUUUAAAUCUAAGGCUUAUCUGGCCCAGUCCCCACAACUAUACAAGCAGAUGGCUAUAUGUGCUGACUUUGAACGGGUCUUCACUAUUGGUGCUGUGUUCCGGGCAGAAGAUUCUAACACUCAUCGUCACCUCACAGAAUUUGUUGGACUUGACCUUGAAAUGGCCUUCAACUUUCACUACCAUGAGGUGGUUGAUCUUAUUGGUGACAUGUUUGUCCAUAUCUUUAAGGGGCUGCAGACACGGUAUGCAGAGGAAAUUUCCAUGGUGUCCAAACAGUUUCCUGCUGAGCCUUUCAAGUUUCUGGAGCCUAGUCUGAGGAUUGAGUAUAUAGAGGCAGUAGCCAUGCUUCGUGAAGCUGGUGUGGAGAUGGGAGAUGAUGAAGAUCUCAGCACUCCAAGUGAGAAAUUGCUGGGACGACUCAUCAAAGCCAAGUAUGACACAGAUUUUUUCAUCCUUGACAAGUUCCCAUUGGCUGUAAGACCCUUCUACACCAUGCCUGAUGCAAACAAUCCUAAAUGGUCCAACUCCUAUGAUAUGUUCAUGAGGGGAGAAGAGAUUCUUUCUGGAGCACAACGAAUCCACGAUCCUGAAUUUCUUACCAAGAGGGCCUUGGAACAUGGAUGUGAACUUGAAAAGAUCAAAGGUUACAUUGACUCCUUCCGUUAUGGGGCCCCACCACAUGCUGGCGGUGGUAUAGGACUUGAACGAGUGACCAUGCUUUACUUAGGUCUGGACAAUGUGCGCAAAACAUCACUGUUCCCACGUGAUCCCAAGAGAGUCACCCCCUAGAUGUACAAGCCUUUUAAAGGAUGGUCAGAAGCACAAGAAUGGCCUUGAGCAAGAACUACUUCACUAGUCGAAAUAACUUACACAGAAACAACUAACAGAACACUGUGUAAUUAUAUAUAGGUAACUGAAAAAGCACCUAAAGACACAUGAAAAGUUUUUCCUUCACUUGGUUUUCAGUCUUAUGUUAUUUGUCCCAAACUUACAUGUUCUUGGAAGUUUUGAAUGAAAAUGGGAAAUUAGUUUUUUUUUUCCCUUGCACAUUUGUGUGAGAAAGGCUUCUCUAGUUCAAUAUUUAUCAUGUUUAUGUAUCUUUCUUGACUUAUCCAAGCUUAUUUAUUCUACAUUUUCAAGAGUUAUGCCCUUGUGAGAUCAUUUUUGAAACAUGUCUAUUCUGCUCCCAUAUGACCACAGCUUUCAUUGUUUAAGAAUAUAUAUCUUUUACACUUCUAAAUAUUUUCGCUUAAAGAUUUUAAAUGCCAAAGGCUGAAUGGAACUCAAA